AUGGGAGAUCAGACCAAAACUUGUAUUCCACAACUGCCAAGGCGAUAUAAUCCUGAUCUUGAGAAAUAUAUCGGAGAAAUAUUGAACAUCACGCCUAGAACAGCUCAAUCCAAUUCUACUUCUCAAAGCCUUUCCAAGUCUCCAUCCGGUAUCUUCGAAGAGAGGUUCUUCUACAAAACUGGUGGUUUUGGUGAUCAUGAUUCCAGCUCCAUCAAGCCUCCUUUUUCGUACAUUGCUUUGAUUACAAUGGCCCUAAUGCAUUCACGCGAGAAUAGGCUUACUCUUUCGAGUAUUUGCGAUUAUAUCAUGCAAAACUUUCCCUACUACCGGGUACGUUUCCCGGCGUGGCAAAACUCUAUUCGCCACAAUCUCUCCCUCAAUGAUUGCUUUGUCAAGGUGCCUAGAGAACCUGGUAGUACUGGUAAAGGCAAUUACUGGGCACUGGAUCCUGAAGCCGUAGAUAUGUUUAAAAACGGUAGUUUCCUGCGUCGCAAAAAGAGGUAUAAGCGAUGCUUAAGAAAUUCAAUCUCAAAUUCCGGAAGUUUAAGUCACUCAAGCACCACAAAUCCACCACAUUAUCUUAGUGAUUUUCUCGGGUCAAUAGAUUCUAUUCAGAGGCGGACCAUUGAAGCGUCCAUGCGUUUCUGUCCUCCUGUUCUUGAACCCUGUCCUGAUUUGUCUGCGACCAAUAAUCGAACAGCUUCAACUCCAUCUUCGAGCAUCACUUCCUCUUCACUAUCAACGCCUUUCAGCAUUGAAUCAAUUCUUAAUUCCAACAGGGUGUAA